GAUUCCUAAUUGGUCGCCGCGUCCGACCGAGAUAAACACGGCCGCGAGUAUAUAUAUAGUGGCAUUUAAGAGAAACUUCACGAACACUUUUACGCACGCCUCAAGAUGAGAGCGCAUAUUCAGAAAGGUCCUCAGAUUCUGGAGCUGCUGAAGAAGAAGUCUAUGGGGCUUCAGCACUGCAAGCCCACAUCCUCCGUGUGUGUGCUGGACUCGAAGGAUGCUGCGGAGAGCGCGCCCUGCGCACACAGUCUCGACUCCAUCCCUGGACCAACCAACUGGCCGCUGUUCGGAAGCCUCAUCGAGCUGCUCCUGAAAGGAGGUCUAAAAAGACAACAUGAGGCGCUGAUCCAUUACCAUAAGAAGUUUGGGAAGAUCUUCCAGAUGAAGCUGGGCUCUUUUGAGUCGGUUCACAUUGGUGCACCAUGUUUAUUGGAGGCUCUUUACAGAAAAGAGAGCAACUAUCCUCAGAGACUGGAGAUCAAACCAUGGAAAGCCUACAGAGACAUGCGGCAUGAGGCUUAUGGGCUGCUUAUACUGGAAGGAAAGGACUGGCAGCGGGUGCGCAGCGCUUUCCAGCAGAAACUCAUGAAACCGACCGAAGUCAUGAAACUGGACGGCAAAAUCAAUGAAGUUUCGGCUGAUUUGAUAAAGAGGAUCGGAAGAGCCCAAGUCAACGGGAAGAUCGAUGAUUUGUAUUUUGAACUGAACAAGUGGUCCUUUGAAACGAUUUGCUAUGUGCUUUAUGACAAACGUUUUGGACUCUUGCAAGACAGCAUCAGCAACGAGGCCAUGGAUUUCAUCACUUCAGUAAAGACGAUGAUGAGCACCUUUGGAUUAAUGAUGGUGACUCCCGUGGAGCUCCACAAGACCUUCAAUACGAAAACGUGGCAAGAUCACACAGCGGCCUGGGACCGUAUUUUUAGCACAGCUAAACUCUACAUUGAUAAGAAUCUGAAGAGGCAAUCAAACGGCAAAACCGGAAACUUCCUCUGCGACAUCUACCACCAGAGCCACCUGACCAAGAAGGAGCUGUACGCCGCCACAACCGAACUCCAGGUCGGAGGAGUGGAGACGACCGCUAAUAGCAUGUUGUGGGUUAUUUUCAACCUCUCACGUAACCCCUGCGCCCAAGCUAAACUUCUGAAGGAGAUCCAGGACGUGGUGCCUGCAGGAGAAACGCCGCGAGCCGAGCACAUCAAGAACAUGCCCUACCUCAAAGCCUGCCUGAAGGAGUCCAUGAGAGUUUCACCGUCUGUGCCGUUCACCAGCCGUACCUUAGAUAAAGACACCGUGCUGGGCGAUUAUACUCUGUCCAAAGGAACCAUCCUGAUGAUCAACAGUCAGGCUAUCGCUUCAAACGAGGAGUAUUUUGACAACGGGAAGCAGUUCAGACCAGAGCGCUGGCUUCAGGAGAAAAGCUCCAUCAAUCCGUUCGCACACAUGCCGUUUGGGAUCGGAAAGAGGAUGUGCAUCGGCCGGCGGCUCGCUGAGCUACAGAUCCAACUCAGUCUGUGCUGGAUACUACGUGACUAUGAGAUUGUGGCCACAGAUCAUGAGCCGGUGGAUGCGCUGCACGCAGGAACUCUGGUUCCCAGCCGAGAGCUUCCCGUGGCUUUUGUCCGCCGAUGAGAUACUAACCUGAACGGAUGACUCCAUAUAAACGGAUCUGACACAUUACGAGGCCUUUAUACUGCUGCUGACCUAUAGAAUGUAUCAGUCUCACACUUAUACCUCAAACUGUUUGUAUAUUGUGUUAUGAUACUAGCAAAUAAUUCCUCUAUUUAUUUACUUUAUUAAAAUGACAGCUUAA